UCUGAUUUUUAUCACACUACAAAUGCCUAAAAGGGUGCUAAAGUAGAGGGGUCCAACAUUUUCUUGAUCUGUUUAUGUUACCCUCUACACAGUAUAAACAUAUUUUGAGAUAAAGUUACAUUCUUUGUAGAACAAAUUAGAUAUUUUGAUAUUUUUCUGAGAUCUGAAGAAGGGGGCUGCAAUUUUGUCUAAAGGGGAACAUUGAGGAAUGAAUUGAAAAUGGGGAAGAAAGGAAACUGGUUUUCUUCGGUAAAGAACGCACUAAGCCCAGAUCCUAAGAAAUCAAAGAAGAAAUGGUAUGGAAAAGAGAAGGAUCCAGUUCCAGAUUCUUUGUCCCCAGUUGCUGCCUCAGUAUCUCCUCCUCAUCCUGUUCCUCAUGUGGAAGAGGUUGCACUGGAUGAAGUGGAAGAGGAGCUGACAAAACAUGCAUACUCCGUUGCAGCUUCCACUUCUGCAGCUGCUGAAGUUGAUGUUUCAGCCACCGAGGCUGCUGAAGAGGUUGUUUCGUUAGCUAAAGUGACUCAGUAUACUGGCAAAUCAAAGGAGGAAGUAGCCGCCAUCAAGAUUCAGACUGCAUUUAGAGGAUAUCUGGCUAGGAGGGCAUUGAAGGCUUUAAGAGGGCUAGUUCGACUCAAAUCACUUGCUGAUGGACCUACAGGGAAACGGCAAACUGCACAUACUCUAAAAUGCAUGCAAACGCUGUCUCGUGUGCAGUCUCAGAUUAGUUCUAGAAGGAUUAGGAUGUUGGAAGAGAAUCGAGCUCUCCAGAGGCAGCUUAUGCAGAAACAUGCAAAAGAACUUGAGAGUUUGAGGAGAGGAGAGGAAUGGGAUGACAGUGCGCAAUCAAAAGAGCAGAUUGAAGCAAGCUUGCUCAGCAAAUAUGAAGCUGCUGUGAGACGAGAAAGAGCACUGGCUUAUUCAUAUUCACAUCAGAAAACCUGGAAAAAGUCACCAAGAUCUGCCAACUUGUUGUUUAUGGAUCCAACCAAUCCUCAGUGGGGUUGGAGCUGGUUAGAUCGCUGGAUGGGCGCUAAACCUUGGGAUACCCAAAGCAUGUCAGAGAAGGAACAUAAAAAUGAUCAAAUGUCUGUUCGAAGUGCCAGUAUUGCUGGAGGAGAAAUUACCAAGGCAUUUGCCCGGUAUCAGCUGAACUCUGACCUCCCUUCUCCAUCCAGCCAAAAACCAAGUCACCAAUCUCCUACAACCCCUUCCAAGCCAGCCAAUUCAACAGCAUCCAGAAAAUUGAAAUCGGCAAGAGUAGCUGCAAUAAGCCAAGAUGAUGAUGCACGAAGCAUGAUCAGUAUGCAAUCAGAACGUAACAACAGGAGGCAUAGCAUUGGGGUAGCAUCUAUAAGAGAUGAUGAGAGUUUGGGAAGCUCCUCUUCUGUACCAAGUUACAUGAUACCUACUAAGUCAGCAAAAGCAAAAACACGUUUGCAAAAUCCUCUAGGCAUGGAGAAUAAUAGUACCCCAGAAAAGGGACCAGCAGGGUCUGUCAAGAAGCGACUCUCUUACCCGCCUUCACCUGCUAGACCAAGGCGGCAUUCAGGUCCACCAAAGCUGGAGAAUACCUCCAUGAACACCUCUAUCAACACAUCCAUUGCCAAGGACAACGUCAAAGAGGUCAUCAACUGAUUAUUCUUGCCACAAGUAAGAAACUAUCCUGCUGCCUUACUACAUGAACUAAAUGCAGAUAAGAAAUAAACGUCUGGAAUUCUUUGUUUCUGUUUUUGGGCUCAACGCGGAUGGUUCUUGCUCUUAUAUAUUUCCUUCUCGCAGAGUUGUUGAACACGUGAGACUGUGAUAGUUGUCAAUCAUUUUACGAAAAACAUUAUUCUUGAUUGUGAUUAUAUAUGAUUGUAUCCUUAUUAUGUAUCCACAUAGUGAAAAAAAUUACCGUAUUUAUUUAUUCAGUUAAAAGUA